AUGAGCGACAACGAGAUAGACACUGCCAUGGCCGAGGCGGCGCGCUUCGCUAGAGCGCGAAACCGACUCUCGAUCUCCGCGGAGGUCUUCGGCCAAUUCAACAAUCCUGACAGUUUCGAAGCACCGAUACAUGGCAAGACUGGCGAGCAGGCCGAGCGCAUCAAGGAGUCUUUGCAGAAAUGUUUCCUGUUCUCCUCGGUUGAUAACAGGGGUAUAAACAUUUUGGUGGGCGCAUUUGAAGCGCAUGAUGUGACUGCCGGAACGAAGAUCAUCACUCAAGGCGACUCUGGCGACAAGCUGUACUUGGUCGAAUCGGGCACCGCUGAGUUCCUGAAGAAAUCAAUUGAUGGCAACGAACAGUCCCUGGGUAAAAUCAGCGAGGGAGGAUGUUUCGGCGAGUUGGCGCUGAUGUACAACGCUCCCCGGGCGUGCUCGGUCGUGGCGGAAACGGACAUGAAGCUCUGGAGCCUUGACCGUUCCACCUUCAACCACAUCGUGCGCGCGGCAGUGAUCAAGAAACGCGAGAAAUACGACAAGCUGUUGAGAAGCGUCGCGCUGCUUAACAAGCUUGACCCGUACGACCGCUGCCGUUUGGCCGAUGCGCUGAAGGAAAGGACGUUUGUUGACGAGGACAUCAUCGUGGAGGGGACCACAGGCACGAGCCUGUUCAUGAUCAUGGAGGGAAAGGCUCACGCAUACUGCCAAGGCAAACUCGUGAAGUCGUACGCGGAAGGCGGCUACUUUGGCGAAAUAGCCCUGAUAGCUCAGACCCCUCGCGCCAGCACUGUCAAAGCCGAGGGCAAAUGCGUCGUUGUGGAACUCGAACGUGAAAGUUGCGUCAACCUGCUUGGGCCGAUGGAGGAAUGCUUGCGCAACAACCUCGAGGAGUACCACCGCGUGCUGGAGUCGCUGAACAUCGAGAACAAGAAUCUAGCCUCCGUCAAAAUCUAA